UCCUUCCACGGGACGGGUGAGGGCGCUGGGCCCCUGCUGGCACGAGCUCGGCGUUGGUCCUGGGUGGACUAGAUAACUGCUCCCACAGGAGAGGUGGGAUCGUCACCAGAUAGUGUUCCUUCCCCCGCCAGUAGCUAUCUACAACAUUGGGCCGAGGGACUUCAUCUUUGGAGAAAGAGAGAGCGCGAAAGAGAGAGGAUGUCUCUCUCAGACUGGCAUCUGGCAGUGAACCUGGCUGACCAGCCACUUGCCCCUAAAUCUAUUCUUCAGUUGCCAGAGACAGAACUGGGAGAGUACUCAUUAGGGAACUAUAGCAUUUCAUUUCUGAAGCAGCUUAUUGCUGGCAAACUCCAGGAAUCUGUUCCAGACCCAGAGCUGAUUGAUCUGAUCUACUGUGGCCGGAAGCUAAAAGAUGACCAGACACUUGACUUCUAUGGCAUUCAGCCAGGGUCCACAGUCCACGUUCUGCGCAAGUCCUGGCCUGAGCCUGAUCAGAAACCAGAACCUGUGGACAAAGUAGCUGCACAGAGGGAGUUCCGGGUGCUGCACACUGCCUUGCACAGCAGCUCCUCCUACAGGGAAGCGGUCUUUAAGAUGCUCAGCAAUAAGGAGUCUCUGGACCAGAUCAUUGUGGCCACCCCAGGCCUCAGUAGCGACCCCAUUGCUUUAGGGGUUCUCCAGGACAAGGAUCUCUUCUCUGUCUUUGCUGAUCCCAAUAUGCUGGAUACAUUGGUGCCUGCUCACCCAGCCCUGGUCAAUGCCAUCAUCCUGGUUCUGCACUCAGUAGCAGGCAGCACCCCAAUGCCUGGUGCUGACGCCUCUUCACGGAGCAUGCCUUCCAGCUCCUACCGGGAUAUGCCAGGUGGCUUCCUGUUUGAAGGGCUCUCGGAUGAUGAGGAAGACUUUCACCCAAGCACCCGAUCUACACCCUCUAGCAGCACCCCUAGCUCCCGCCCAGCGUCCCUGGGGUACAGCGGAGCUGCUGGGCCCAGGCCCAUCACCCAGAGCGAGCUGGCCACUGCCUUAGCCCUAGCCAGCACCCCAGAGAGCAGCUCUCACACACCGACUCCUGGCACCCAGGGCCAUUCCUCAGGCACCUCACCAAUGUCCUCUGGAGUCCAGUCAGGGACACCCAUCACCAACGAUCUCUUCAGCCAAGCCCUCCAGCAUGCCCUACAGGCCUCUGGGCAGCCCAACCUGCAGAGCCAGUGGCAGCCCCAGCUGCAGCAGCUGCGAGACAUGGGCAUCCAGGACGACGAGCUGAGCCUGCGGGCCCUGCAGGCCACUGGAGGGGACAUCCAAGCUGCCCUGGAGCUCAUCUUUGCUGGAGGCGCCCCAUGAGCCCCCUGUUCCUCUUGUUUCACUGGUGGGGGGUGCCCCAUGAAGGUGCCUCCACGUCUCCUCCCCAAUACACCCGAUGUUUAACUCUG